UGUAGGUGGCGAUUAUGUUGCCAAUGGUUCUUAGUUGGCAGUGGCAGUUACCUCUUCGAAUUAUGAGUAAUGACCCUUCAGCGCCUCUUCAUUUCUUUCAAAAAUUUGAAGCAACAUGCGAUGCCAGAAGAAGAAAGGACAUGAACCGAACCAAGAAACACCAAGAAAACGGCGUCGUCAAUGUCAGGGAAGAACACGAGGAAGCACUGGUGGCCCUCGUCCAACAUCGUACCCGUGAAGUCAAAAACCUACGUUACUACAUCUCUCAUUACACGACCCAGCUUGAUGAAGCGGAAAGAAAGUUGCAAGAAUCUAAAUCCAAAUUGGCUAAACUUCGGGGCAAAACAAGUGCAACUUUAUUAUCAGAUGUUGAAUCUAAACAUGUGAAGACAGAACAUGGAUCAAAGAACGGUUUCACUCAAGAAAGUGAUGAUUUUUUCAAGAAUCAUCGUCUAUCUAAUAAGCCACACCUUCUUGUUCCUGCUGCGAGUUCGAAAAUCUCGCAGUGCAUACCUACACUGCCAUCUUCUACUUCUCGUGCAAAUGCGACAACAAAAGAUUCAAUUGUAGGUUCAAGUGCUCCUUCAACCAUGAAGAGGGUUCAACAAGAAAAUGUUGAAAUCAAGGAUAGAAGGAGCAAAAGGAAGCUUGGACAGAAAAGACACGAGGAAUUGAUUCCUUUAAUAUGUGGGAGUUCUUCACCAGGAUCAGUGCCUUAUCAAAUGAGCAAUCACUUCUCAAGUCAACACAAGAGGAAAUUGCGAUGUAUUGCUUUGUGUCCUUUGAAUGAUCAACGUUUUGUGACGAGUGCUUUGGAUGGAUUGGUCAACCUGUGGGAAGUUCAAUCUUCAGGAUCAAGAGCUUCUCUGCUUAGAACAACAGAUUGUAUAUCCCCAAAUCAGAGGAGAUGGCCAGAAGAUAUAGCUUGGCACCCUGAGGGAAAUAGCCUGUUUUCAGUAUAUACUGCUGAUAGUCAAGACUCUCAAAUAUCAGUUACAGAUUUGAGUAGAGUACAAGGGGGAGUGAGAGCACGUGUCAAAUUCUUAGAGGAGAAGCCUCAUGUUAAGGGUGUUAUAAAUAGCAUUGUUUUUCUGCCCUGGGAAAAUACCAGUUUUGUAACUGGGGGAACUGACCAUACUGUCAUACUAUGGAAUGAGAAUGGUGAGAACAAUUGGAAGCCAGAACGAUUGCAUAGGAAUCUUCAUUCUUCUGCUGUCAUGGGAGUAGCUGGGAUGCAGCAUAAGCAAGUUGUGUUGUCUGCUGGUAGAGACAAGAGAAUUUUGGGGUAUGAUGCUCGUGUAGGAAAAGAAGACUUUUUGCAUCAAGUUGAUAGUAAAUGUUUGAGUGUCCUGCCAAAUCCGUGUGACUUCAAUUUAUUCAUGGUUCAAACCGGGACCCCUGAGAGGCAGCUUCGAUUAUUCGAUAUUAGAUCAAAAAGGACAGAACUUCAUGCCUUUGGAUGGAAGCAAGAAAGCAGUGAAUCUCAGUCAGCUUUGAUAAAUCAGGCUUGGUCCCCCAAUGGACUGUAUAUAUCAUCUGGUUCAGCUGAUCCCACAAUUCACAUAUUUGAUAUGAGAUAUAACGGUCACAUGCCUUCUCAAUCUAUAGAAGCUCAUCAGAAACGAGUCUUCAGAGCCAUGUGGCUUCAGUCUAUUCCUUUUCUGGUUUCCAUAUCUUCUGAUCUCAACAUUGGGUUACACAAGGUUGGAUAGAACUUGUCAACGCUCAUAAUAUAACAUAACAUAACUCUUUUUAUUGUUAAUGGUCCAUAAUAUGCAUAUUUCACAUGAUUUUGUUGGACACAUUGCAUAACUCAAUGGUCAAUUUUUGCAUGUAGACUAGGUGACACUUUGGUAUACUAAUCACUUAA